AUGGAGCCAACAACACCGCGCCCAUACACGGCAAACCCGUUGCUUCUCAUGCUCAGCGACCUAGGUCUCUUUGCCAGCAUAACUUUUACAAGGUCCUGGUCGGCCGGACUUCCAAGCAUCGUCUUGCCAAUAUCGUCUACCAAUCACCUUGACGAACUCGCGGUGACUCCAGGAAAUCUCUGGGCUAUAUUGUUGCACGGUACCCUCAUAAUCGGCCAAACACUGUUUUUAUUCUCUCUUUUCCCGUUAGCAUUCGGGUUGUUGCCUAGCGUAUACUUUCUGUACAUUGUUGGUUUCGUGGCUGGGAAUCAAGCGGUAUCUGUUCUCUUGAAUGGUUGGCGACAGCAUACUCUCAUUACUUCAGAUCCUCAAUGCGUCGAGGGCUGGGCCGCUCAUCCAAACGAAAAAUGGGUGCUCAUCAAUGGUGUUGCUGUCGGACGCCAUUGGUUGCGAUCCAAUCUGAAUCGCCUCGCGAUGACUUUCAGACGCCCAGUCCACGCGAUACAUAACCAGACAAGAGGCAUCAUAUUCGACGUCUUGGAAUGUAUCGUACAGCGAGAUUUGAACUACGCUACACUGGACAUCCGACAGGCCUACUCUGCCUUGAUCAAUAUUCUUUCCGACGACCAGGUGCACAAGGUUGUCCUAAUCCUUCACAGCCAAGGUGCUAUUGAAGGUGGAAUGGUACUCGAUUGGCUCUAUGCGACAGUAUCGGCCAAAGACAUCCGCAAGCUUGAAAUCUACACAUUCGGCAACGCGGCAAACCACUGGAAUGCGCCCGCGAAUGGAGGCGGAAGCAACAGUUCGCUGUCGACCGCUUUAGAUUCGUCAAACGGAGUGCUGCAAGACAACCAGAGUCAACGACUGGUCAAGUAUAUUGAGCACUACGCCAACACAGGCGACUACGUCUCUCGUUUCGGUAUUCUCCAUUUCAGGCCUGACCACGCACGGCCUAACUCUGCUGUUUCUGGCACGACACCGGCACGCCGGACACCCUCGGCGAACAUUGAUCCCAGAAUCGAAGACAAGAACCGCUUUAUUGGACGGCUAUUCAAGCGCGAGGGUUCUGGCCAUCAACUCAACCAGCAUUAUCUUGACAACAUUUUCGAAAUGAAAAACGUCGACACUUCGGUCCUGAAGAAGGGCAGGGUGAAGGACGGCAACCCAUAUAUGGACUCGCAGGUGGACGUUGCUGCCAUUGAAUGGGACACCGUGCAAUCUAUCGAUUCUACUAUAGACGGCUCUGGAAAUGGCCGUGCAGCCAACGCUGGCACAGGUGGCCCGACCAAACAGAUCAAACAGGAGAGUCGCUUGUGGGGCUACAGGAAUGGUGGCGAUCCGGAUCAAGAUGCCCAAAAGGCAAGAUGAAUUCCGAUGUGAGCGAAAUCAAAGAGACAUGUCAGUUUUGAAGUUGUCUUGCCAGGUCGGAGUAUAUAUCUCCCUAAUAUACGUCCUGGAGCAUGACAUCAGAAGUCUGCUAUCUACUUACUAUCCAUCCUCUCAUUAUCACAUUGCAG